AUGAAAGAUUUCAAGUCAGGAUUAGUUUCACAUAAAAAAGCUCUUCACAUCAGAUUGAAACUAUAUGGAGAAGAUCAUCCCGACACAGCUAGCAGUUACCAUGAGAUUGGAUACGCACAAAAUGAAUUAAAAGAUUUCAAGUCAGGAAUAGUUUCGCAUCAAAAAGCUCUUCAAAUCAGAUUGAAACUCUAUGGAGAAGAUCAUCCAGACACAGCUAACAGUUACCACAGCAUGGGAUACGGACAAAAUGAGAUGAAAGAUUUCAAAUUGAAACUAUAUGGGGAAGAUUAUCCCGACACAGCUAUCAGUUACAACAACAUUGGAUACACACAAAAUCGGAUGAAAGAUUUCAAGUCAGCAUUAGCUUCACAUCAAAAAACUCUUCACAUCAGAUUGAAACUUUAUGGAGAAGAUCAUCCCGACACAGCUAACAGUUACAACAACAUUGGAUACACACAAAAUCGGAUGAAAGAUUUCAAGUCAGCAUUAGCUUCACAUCAAAAAACUCUUCACAUCAGAUUGAAACUUUAUGGAGAAGAUCAUGCCGACACAGCUAUCAGUUACAACAACAUUGGAUACACACAAAAUCGGAUGAAAGAUUUCAAAUUGAAACUAUAUGGAGAAGAUUAUCCCGACACAGCUAACAGUUACCACGAAAUUGGAGCCACACAAAAUACGAUGAAAGAUUUCAAAUUGAAACUUUGUGGAGAAGAUCAUCCCGACACAGCAAACAGUUACCAGAACAUUGGAUACGCACAAAAUGAGAUGAAGGAUUUCAGAUUGAAACUUUGUGGAGAAGAUCAUCCCGACACAGCAAACAGUUACCAGAACAUUGGAUACGCACAAAAUGAGAUGAAGGAUUUCAGGUCAGCAUUAGCUUCACAUCAAAAAGCUCUUCACAUCAGAUUGAAACUUUAUGGAGAAGAUCAACCCGACACAGCUAACAGUUACAACAAAAUUGGAAUCAUACAAAAUGAGAUUAAAGAUUCGAAAUUGGAAUUGUUUGGAGAAGAUCAUCCCGACACAGCUGAUAGUUAUACCCAAAUUGGGAUCGCGAACCAGGAAAUGAAGGAUUACAAGUCAGCAUUAGAGUCCAAACAGAAAGCUCUACAAAUCCUGGUAAAACUAUUUGGAGAAGAUCAUCCUGAGAUGGCUGAAUAUGAUCUCGAUAUUUCUCGGGUAAAAGGUCUUUUGAAUGAUAAGGCCAGCCCUGGACAGAUACAAAUGAAACCGCCAAUUUAG